UUUGAUACAAUACUAAUAAAAAAUUAAUACAAAAUUAAACAGUUAAAAAAAAAUUAAAAUUAUAUUUACUGAUCAAAGAAAAAAUGCAAAUUUAAAGUCAUAGAAUUUUGGCCUUAUCCAUUCUUAUAUUUAAGCGCAGUGAUAAACGCAACAUGCAAAUCAAAAAUGGCAGAAAGAUGAUGCAUUUUAAGCGAAAAUCGGAAACUCAAAUCAAAUCGAAAGAACAAAAACUCAACAUUACUUUAAAAAGUAACGAAAAACAAAAAACAACUAAAAAGCAACAUUUUAAUAACAAUACCUUUACAACGAACAAAAGAAAAUUACAGUUACGCCUGCAAAAUACCAAUAAACUUACAAAUUUCUAUCCCUUUUACAAGAACAAAUAUCAAAAUAAAGUUAAAACUUUAGAUAAAAAUAUCCGUAAGUUUCCCUAUAACAAUGGAAAAAAUUUGAAAAAUAAGCAGGAAACUUUAACAAUUUUAAACCAAACGUCUCCAGAAUAUAAACUAGCUCAAAGAUUACAAUUGUUAGUCAAAGCUGCUGAUAUUGUAAGCUCUCGAGAAAACCCGAAACUUAGAUAUAUUAUAGCUAAAGCCUUAAAGGAAAAUAUACCCUGGAGUAGUAUUGAAUCAAUAUUACAAGAAUGUUUUGGCCAGAAAAAAAUCGACAAAAAUUUUUAUCUUUUGCAAUUGAGUUUCCACAAAAAGGUCUCUCUUUUAUUGAGUGUACGGGCCACCAGUAUUAUUUUAUUUAAGAAAUCCUUAAGGUCAAUUAUGAAAAAGUUUAAAUCUUGUUAUGCAAAUGUUUUAGAACAUUUUAAUUACAAUUGUAAAGUAGAAGCCUUGGCUUCUUUUAAAACUGCUUUGAAAUUUACAAGUUUUGAAAGGCAAUUAUCUCAAGAUGCUAUGGAAAUUCAAGCAGAAGCAGUGGAAAUUAUGGAUUAUGAAACGGGGGGAGUUAAGUUUCAAUGUCAUCCUUUACAACUCCCCAAAAUGGUGGAAAAGUUGGAGAAAAGAAAUUAUAAAAUUUUGUUUACUGAUUAUGGUUUUCAAGCUUUGGAUAGAGUUGCAUUGGUGGGGAAAGAGCGUGGGGAGUAUGGAGAAUUUUUAAAUUAUUUGUUGGAGUUUAAAGAAAUUGAACAAUAUUAUGAUAAUUUUUUUGUGGAAGAGUUAGAAAAAACGGAGGAAAUGGAUAAAAUAAAAAUGCAACAACUUUAAAAGUGUAAGAAUUUUUCGACUAAUUUUUAAGAAAAAUUUCCCACAAACAAACAUUUAAGUAAAAUUUUUGUCACAACUAAAUAUUCAGAGAUCAAAAAUUGU